CUCUAUACUUUUCUCUGAAGAAUCUGGCUUAUGGGUCGAAUCGUGCAUAUUUGCGUUCGUGGGUGUCGAUGGUUUUAUAUUGUCUUUUUUUGCCUUUUCUGGUAUGUUGACGUCAAUAGUUCAGCCGUCGGGAUGCAUAUCGGUCGAUUUAGAUCGGCUCUUGUAGAGCAGGGACCGCUCGCACCUUGAACUGUUGUUGUGGAGGGUUUGUUUGGAGAGCUAUUUUCUUGUUUAGUUGGGAGUGUUACGAACGAUUGUUGUCUCUUCAAGCUGAGUGCCGUAGAUUUGGUUGCGAAGGCACGGUGUCUCGUCCAUUCUGAAACUUCACCUCCUUUCGGACAAGGUUUCAUUUGAAGUAACUUGACUUAGGUGAUGCAUAGGAGCUUGUAAGUUUGAAGGACCAUUGGGCUUGUGGGAGCUGUCGGUCGCCUUCACUGCCUCAUUCAAAGUUGUUGCGAAUAGACUGAAUAUGUCAUGUGGGCGUGGACUUCUUGUAAUGAGGGCGGAAACUCAGGAUUACUGACAGGAACCUCGCGGAUUGCGUAGUGAGAGUACCUGGCUGUGUGAUAACCGCUAGACCACACCAACUGAUGGCGGAAGUCUACAAUUUUUGUGAGGGUGACCGACUGAGUGUCAUGCCUUACAGCAGGUUAAUUGUAACGAUCAAGUAUGCUGAUGGCAUAAGAGACCUAUCCUUGGAUGGAAAGGGGGCCUCAUAUGUUACUCUUCAGUGUGGGAGUCAAGUUUCUCAGACCGAUGUUGCUAAAGGAGCUGGUGCCAAACCCUCAUUCAACACAACAUUUGAGUUCAAAACUGACCAAUCCACGAAUGCUCUCAUCGUUCACGUUUUCAGCCUCCAUCCAGAGAAGGGCUACAGACGGGUCGGCCAAACUACAUUGGAUUUAAAAACAAUGUUUUCUAGUGGAGCUACUGUGGACUCCAGAGCGUUUCUUCUUUCACGGCGCACCCCUGGAAAAUUUGGGGGCUACAUUUUCCUCUCUCUCACAUUAGAGGCGAUGCAAUCUCCCUAUUCUCGUCAGCAAACAUUUCCACUGCGCUCAGAUCACCAGCAUUCCUCUAAUCGCGACGACGAAUAUAGAAGCCGUAGCCUUGGUAGCUCCAAGUCUAGCGUAGAACCCUGGAGCCCUGUUGGAGGAUGCUAUGGAACCCAGUCGCAGUCACCUUACGAGGACUUUGGACUUGACUCAGAUUUUUUUGAUGGGUUUGGAGCUAUUCCCGGCGCUGAAAACAACAAACCGCCGCCACCAAAAAGCACCAGUAACAGGAAUCAUCCUGGCAGUCCAGGUGGCGGUAACAAACGGACUCCACAAUCGCAGCCAUCUCGUUUGUAUCCUGGCCAGCCUGGGAAACCACGCCCGGUUUUCUCCAGAGACUCCCCGACUGCGGCUUCUGCGAGCCCUCCUCGCACCCGUCGCCUCCCUCCCUCUGACUCUUGUGUACCAAUUGUAACAUGCGGAUCGAAAGUAGUAGAGCCGCAGCCCCAGAAGUCACAACCAAAACCGGAGAUUCGACAUCAGCACCAGCCCUCGAGGGCACAACCAGACAAGCAAUUUCAACGACAGCAGCCACCCCCUUCACGCUACAAGCCGCUACCACAACACCACGUGCCGCCACAACCAUACUAUGAACCGCCGCCAACAGCAUCACCAAUGCCACCACAGCCAGCGCCGAGUCUUGGCAUGCAAGUGGCCAAAGUUGCUGUUCCGAUCGCUGCAAAAAUCGCGUUGUCAUCACUUGGGGAUUUAUUCUUCUGAUAGACCACCAGUUGCAACCCUCGAUCAGGUUGAGGUACACCAACCGAUCCUUCACAAACUUGUCGGCUCUGUUGCGGGAGAUGGUCCGUUCGGUGAAUGUUUAAAUCAGUCAAGUGCGCUUUUGUGUUUCUUUCACAGUCCACCCUUGGGACCAACAUCGACAUCCUAGCUGGGUUCUAAUGGAAAUGUCAAAGACUGCAAUUGCGGUCUAGUUUCGGAUGCCGUGCUUGAAGUCUGGUACAUCCACGCUGCCACCUUGUGCCGUUAUAGGUUUGUCGGUAUGGAACGCCCGAGAGGUGCCGACUGGUGAUUGUUUUGCCAUGGAUCCAGCUCCGAGAAAAUCUUCUGUCUCUCAUCGACUGAGACUUCGAACCCUUUGUGUGCUUUGCUUGCUGGUACAACACAAGCAUAUAAAUAUUGAACAAUCAACCUGUCAAUCGAUUUAUUUGUCACUAUAUAUUUAGAUAUAUCUGAACCUUCUACAUGAUUUUAUAAACCAUCGUGUGGGUAUUGUUGAAGUGAUUUCACUGUACUGUAGUCUCUGACGCUUAAGUAUUGUUAAAAUUCGUUUUGAUAUUUUAAGCAAGAAUCCUCAGAAA